GACCAGCAAAGCAGCAUUAUUAUCAGAUUUUAACAUUAAGGAUCAGUCUAUACCACUAAACACCAGAAGAAUGGAAACAGACAAAAAGUCAGUCAUUGUCUUUCUGCUUUUGGCUGUUAUUUACAGCCCUGUGUUUGGAGAAGCAUGGAAGGCCUCUGUUGUCAAAAAUAUUGACGCGCUAGUUGAUUCCUGUGUUGUGUUACCCUGCUCCUUCAGCCACCCUGGUGGACUACUCCCUAGCUCCAGACUGAGGGGACUCUGGCUUCGUGGUAGCAAAAAAGAUUCCUUUAUCUACAGUGAGGAUGAGACAAUGGUCAUGGAUGCAUUUAAGGGCAGAACAAAGAUGCUCGGGGUACUGGGAAAGAGUAACUGCACCUUAGAAAUAAAUGCAGUUAAAGAUCAUGACAAUGGCCCGUUGUGUUUUCGCAUUGAACUUGUAAAAAAGCCCAACAGCCCACCUACACCAGAAAAGUUCUCCUUUGUCGAGGAUUGUGCUGAAUUAAAGAUGCUCAUUGAAACCCCAAAGCCUGAACUGCAUCAUUCAAACACAGCUGUUUCAGGAACAUCUUACACAGUCAUCUGCUCUGUCCGCCAUACCUGCCCCUCACGUGUACCUGUAUUUACAUGGAAUCGAGGAAGUAAAGAUGACAUUGUUGAGAUUCAAAAAGACAUUCACUCUGGGAUCUGGGAGACUCAGUCCAUCCUGACCUUUAUUCCUAACGAAAAUGAUGACCACACUGACAUCAUUUGCACAGCAACAUUUAGUGGGGGCAAAUCCUCAAAAAGUUCCAUUAAACUCAAUGUAAAACGUAAAGAAACCUAUUAUCACAUCAUCAUUCCAGUUGCAGUGGCCAUUGGCACAGCUGUAACUUUUGGGGUCAUCUGUGUGUUUAUGUUGAAAAAAUACAAGAAUCGCAUUGCUGAGCUUCAAAGCCGUGAAGGAAGCAUGUUUAACCGGCUGUCGAGGAUGUCUCGGAGGUUCCAUUCAAGUGGCCAGUGACCAUUUGGACAAAAUCGGGUACAAGACAAACUAUGACUAGAAAGCAGUUGUUCUCACUCCUAUUCAAACUUAUAUGCACAAGGUUUGUUUUAUUAUUCACGCUAUGUUUGCUUAUUAAUUUUAUUAUUGCGCUUCAAAAAAGCAGAUAUACAUUUGUUGAGCUAUUAUUAUGAA